UGUGGGAACGACACGCCCAACAUGGCGGCCGGCUCAUUUUGAAAGGGUAGAGAGAGAAGUGAGCGCCUCCACCGUAAACAACAACAACAUCAACAACAACAAUCACUCUACCCGGGGUGGUUGAGGGGUGUAAACGAGAGUAGCAGCAAUAGCAGGGCGAAUUCGUCGUGAGUUAUAAUGAGCGCGACGGCGCGUGGGGAGUCGGGACGUGAGGAGCGAGGCGGAGGAGCGGCGCGAUACUGAGGACAUGGAUCAUGAGGAGGAGCCGAGGAAGAGAAAGCCAGGGAUUUUCUCCCCGUUCAAGCGCUCCGCCGCCAAGAAGGACAAGAAGUCCCAGGAGCGGCUGGCGGAGCGACGGCCGCUGCACACGGUCGCGCUCGCCCCGCCCGCGUACACUGUCAACCCCGAGCUGCUCCUCAACGACUACGUGGAGAAGGAGGCCAAGUUCCUGGGCUCCCUAUCGGGUGUGUCCGGGUGCCUGGACCCCUCCAGCCGCACAGAGAUCCUCAAGCUUCUGGACGCGGCACGGCGCGUGCACAGCCUCCCGCACCAGCCGGGCCCCGAGCACGACGCGGUGCUCAGCCUCUCGGCGUACAACCUGCGGCUGAGCGGGCGCGACUCGGACGAGCUGCUCGCGCGCAUCCACAUCCACGACAUCGCCGCCCUCUCCUACGUGUGCGACGACGCGCAGCACCUCAUCGUCAUCAAGACAGGCCACGGCGCUGGCGAGGCCAUGGACCAGAUGUCGCUGAGGACGCAGCGCUCGCGCUCCUCCUCCCAGCUCGACGCCACCGGCUGCCCCCCCUCCGAGCAUAAUUGCAACCUGGUGGUGAUGGCCGUCGACAGCAAGCACGCGGCGGAGGAGCUGUGCGCCCUCAUCGGCCAGGUGUUCCAGGUGGUGUACACCGAGUCCACCAUCGACUUCCUGGAGCGUGUCAUCUGCGACGUCGCCUCCACGCCAACCAAGCACUCGUCCCUGCACAGCAGCACCUUCACCUACUCCAGCAAGGACGUGAAGCCGGCCGUUGACCCUGACAGCUCCCUGGCGAGCUUCUCGCAGGACACGUGCUGCGAUGCGUCACAGGCGUCCGACAAGACGCACCGGCGCAGCCAGAGCAAGACGCUCAGCGAGAGCAACCUCAGCCUCGUCUGCAAGGACCAGCUGCAGGAGUACAUGAGCACGCUGCAGACGAAGCUGUCAUCGCUGGAGAUCCAGGAGUUUGCGCAGCUGCUGCACGCGUACCGCACAGGCGCCUCCAUCCAGGACUUUUGCCAGAAUCUGCGGCAGCUCUACGGGGAGAGCCGCAAGUUCCUGCUGCUGGGCAUGCGGGACUUCAUCCCAGAGAAGGACAGCCACCACUUUGAGAGCUUCCUGGAGACGAUCAGCAUCAAGGACGGCCGCGGCAUCAUCACCGACAGCUUCGGGCGCUGCAAGCGCACGUCCGCCGGCGGCCCGGCGCUGCCGCGCAACGGCGCGGACGACAGCACGGAGGGCAGCGCCGUUCCGGACCCCAACGAGUUCGACCGCAUAAUGUCGCGCAUCAGCAGCGAGCUGGAGGCGCUCGGGUGCAGUGCCGACCCGGAGCCGUCAUGACGGCGCGCGUCAGCCACGCCGGAGGACACGCCUACAGGCUCGCAGGGCGAUUGCCCCCCCCCCCUCCUCACCCAUUGAUAGCCACCCCACCGCCGCCCGAUCGCCCGUUAGCUCGCCCAUUAGCUCGCUCGCA